AUGUCCUACACCCUUCCUCCCCCACCCCCAAGGACUGCAGGUAAGUCCCCUUCCAUCACCACAUUUGGCGUAGAGCUUGAAUUCCUCGCUCUCGCUCCUGACGGCGAUAAGUAUCCCCCUCAUCACAUUGUUUGGGAGGCCCUUCGCGAGGAGGUCUCCCUUCCUUGCCCCUGGAAGUGCGAGAGCGGUAGCCAUGAUCUCCUCCUUCCUGUCGACCCCGAACCGCCAGCAAAAUGGGAAUACCAAGGUUCCGACAACACAUACAACGCAUGGGUCGUCACUCGCGAUUGCAGUGUCCGUCUCGCUGAUGAUGAAAAGGAAUUCUAUCCCAACGAAUCUAUCGUAAGUGACGUCGAACUCCAAGGCCGCAUCCUCGACUUCCUCAACCCUACCCCUUGUCCUCAUAAUCAAGUCUGGCUUUGCAAUAAUAAGCCUCUGGUCUGGAACUGGCGUGAUGAAAUCUCCACUAUUAUCAACACUUUGAAGCAGAGAUGCAACAAACCUGGCUUCAGAGUCUUGGUCAAUGGAACUUGUGGUAUGCACGUCCAUGUCGGUCGCGGUAAUCAUGGUUUCAACCUUGAUACUCUGAAGAAUGUUAUGGGUAUGUUUACAGCUUUUGAACGUUGCUUUGAUGCCCUACUCCCUGUUGACAGAAUUGCUGGAUAUGAGCUUUUUCAAGCCGUCUUGCCUCGUCUGCUGGGUGCUAGUAUGGCUCAGCCUUGGAAACCUUCAAAGGGUAAUAAUUACACUCUUCCAAUGUCGGUUCGUCAAUUCGAAGUCUUGGGUCAUGAGCUUCAGAUAGCUUACUCCAAUAAGAAUGCCCAGGAUUGGAGAACACUGGUCAAAUAUGGAGCUUCUAUUCCCUUUUGGCUUCAGAAGAUUUAUGCGACUGUUAGAUUGGAGCAACUAUGUGAAUACUCAGUUUGUCACUCCAGCAGUGUAAACCUCGAGAAUCUCCACAACGCCUAUGUGUCGCCGGGAAAGACUGUUAAGAAGACUAUAGAGUACAGACUCCACCCCGGUACACUGAACAUUACUGAAAUAACCGCUUGGAUAGAUCUCCUCUGUUCCCUGACAAUCUACUGCGAAAACACAAACACAAACACUCUAAACGUAUACCUCGAUGACAACUACGCAAAACCCGCUUACAACAUCAUCGAUAUCGCUAACCUUGUAAAAGCAGCAGAAACCACAAUAACCCACUACACCUCUUUCCUAAUCCCCACCCACGACCCCACCCACCUCGACACUACCCUCCCACUCUUCCCAAAAGACAUCCUAACACCCCUAACAACCUACAUCCUCUCCUCCCGCUCUUUUCAAUUCUCCACUCUCGCAGUCUCGGCAAGAAUAAUUUCAAAACUGCUUUCCGGUCGCUACGGUCAAUUCCCUGUUUCCUUUCUAGAAACCACUCUUUCUGGUCAAGGAACGAUGAUGCAAGGGGAUGAUGGAAAGUAUCUGAGUUCCGAGAUGGGUGAUGAGGAAAUGGUGGAAUGGGCGGGUGAAGUGGAGAAGUGCGUUCAGGUUGCGGUGCAAGAGAGACAGAGGUGGGCUGGGAAUAUGCGUGCGAAUACUUCUUUUGAUAGAUUGUUUGAAGAAGAAGAGUAA